UAUGCAACUUGCAUGGGAUGCCCUCGACCCAGCGUUUCGCCUUUCCUCCUAAAUCUCAGCGAUAGCCCUGUCAAAUCGGUGUGCACUUUACACGGUUCUUUUUUUCUUUUACUUGGGGAAAAGACAGAGUCGCCCUUUGCCAGGUUCUCUUCAUGUAUUAACAAAGAGCGCAUGCCAUUCUUUUCUGCGCCUUCUCUCUUCGAACUUUAGGAUUUUUUUGGGAAGGGAUUCACGGGAAGGAAACGGUUCCGUUCAACUCGGCUUUGGAAGUUUUGAGAGUACGGAUUCGACAUCGGGCGUUCCAUUCGGAGUAUCAAUCGCAGCGAUUUCGAACAGGACAACCGCCAGCAUGCAGCUGCCGGCUGCCUUCCCAAUGGCGACGGACGACCUCCUCAUGUCUAUGGCCAUGAUGGCCCAGGAGCCACUCGAUCCAAACGAAAAAAUUCCUCUGGCAAAUAGGCAGGAAACUAUCUAUGGGGCCACGAUACCGUUUCAUAUCAUUUCUUGGGCCGCCGUUGGGUUUCGACUAUACACAAGAUUUAGAGUGGUUCGUGAGAUAGGGAUUGACGACUAUCUCAUCAUUCUUGCGGCAUUCUUCAAUCUUGCUUCUUUGAUUGGCGUACUUUGUAGUUUGGAUUAUGGAUUGGGGUCUCACUUCGGAUUCGUACUCAAUGAACAUGCUGAGUGGUUGACGCCUUUAAUGAGAUGGCUCUACAUACAAAACGCAACAUACCUCACCUGCUCGGGCAUCGUCAAGAUGUCUCUACUGUUCCAGUACUUCCGCAUGUUCAAGCAAGGGAAAUCGCGUAUUGCUUGCCAGAUCGUCUUGGGUUUGGUGGUUUUAUACACUGUGACGGCAUUUAUGCAAGGAUGGUUUCCAUGUUUUCCUGCGAAUGGCUUCUGGGACCGACUGCAGACUCCUCGUCCCAAGUGCUGGGGGCUUGGCUAUGCCACCAUCGACGGAGCUCGAAUGGCUCUCUACGGAUUCGCAGCGACCAACAUGAUUCUGGAUGUAAUCAUUUUCGCGAUUCCAAUGUCUGUGUAUUGGAAACCCGGGAUUGGGCGAAGAGAAAUCGUGGCACUCACAGCGCUUUUCGCGCUGGGCUCAAUUGUCGUACUCAUGGCUAUCCUCCGCCUGUGGUCCGUGGCCAGACACGACGCCGCUGGUAUCCAGUCGUUCGAUUUCCCAUGGUGGUUCCCACUCACGCUCAUUUUCUCCGCGCUCGAAGUCGAUUUCGCCAUCAUCACUGCCUCGAUCCCCAUUUUCUGGCCCGUCAUUGUUCGCUCUCUACCCCAGAUCUUCGUAACGCAAGAGAUUCACGUCACGCACCACUCCCGACUCACUGACAAUGGUAAUGAUUUCGAAAUGGGUCGCCCGCAAUCACUCAAGAGCAACAACAGCCAGGAAGGGCUGACGUGCGUCGCUACUGGCGGGAAAACAGAUUACAACGACACCUUUGUGGUUGAUCAUGUCACGGGCAAGACGCCCCAGAAUCGAGUGGAGAUCGCAGUGCGACCCCCGAAGAAAUGGGGUAGAUAA